CCGGCGCCAUCUUGCCGCGGGGAGUCGAGGGGCCCGGCCAUGCCGCACUUUCAGGCCUGGGAGGAGUUCACCCGCGCCGCCGAGAAGCUCUACCUCGCCGACCCCAUGAAGGUGCGCGUUGUUCUCAAAUACCGACAUUGUGAUGGGAACCUCUGUAUCAAAGUAACAGAUGAUGUGGCUUGUUUGCUGUACAGAACAGACCAGGCACAAGACGUGAAGAAGAUCGAGAAAUUCCACAGUCAGCUCAUGCGACUCAUGGUGGCGAAGGAAUCCCGCAGUGCUGCCAUGGAAACAGACUGAAGUGCUGCGAAUACAAUCGGUGCUCCGGUCAUAUUUCACUGGAAGCAAAUCUCUUGGAUUUGAGGGAAAAACUGGGGCAGGAGAUGCUUUCAUGUACUGAAGUGGACUGAUGACAAGUCUGAAGCAUUUUCACCCCUCAGACUCCACUUUGAAAAUCUAGGAAAUAAGUGCUUUCAAUUGAAAGCUUAUAUUUAUUUUUGGGUAUUAAGCAACUAUUCUUACACAUUAGGUAUGCUAAGAAGACAAGUAAAUAUUUGAAAUCCACAAUAUGUUAGUCCAAAUUUGAUAGGCAUACUUCUGGAAAGUUACUGUAAAAUUUAAUACAGAUUUCAUUGUGUUCAUACCUUAUGCUGGUGUAUUAUCAAAAUGGAAAGAGUUUAUUAACCUAAUACUGUGGCAUGGUGACUGGGUCUAAUAAAUAUUUACAUACAUUAUAUAAAUCUGUUUGGUUUAGAAUAACAGAUGUUUUCUGAGCUGAAACGUUGAAAUUGCCUAUUUGUAUUACCACUGUCACUGGCAGCACUCUAGCUCUUGGUAUUGAUCUGAGUCAUAAGAUGUGCAACAUUAUCCAUGAUGCAGUUUGUGGAGCUCUUAUAUUGGCUAAGUGAUUAAGCUUCUGUGUUUUAAAAAUUGAAAUAGAACUUCACUUGAAUAUUGCUAGAGAUCUGUGAGAAAUUGGGAGGGGCUUUUUCUGCUUGUGCCAAUACUGUUACUAAAAACAGUCAGUGGCUUUUUUACAUACUUGAACAAUUUUGUACUCACAGGGGUUCCUUUUCCCAUCCUUGCUUCAAGCAGAGUUGAAGUAUAUCAGCAAAACAAAUCCUAGAAGGUCUUGCCUGUUAUGUUAAUAGAAAAUAUCCAACCAAACACUAUCCAGGUUCCUUAUUCUAGCAGCUUGUUAGCUGCCUUUUCAAAUGUUACGUGUGGCAGGUGGAUGUCAGCCAAAUGAAUAAAUGGAUGAAAACAGCUUAAUGAAUACUUAAAUGCCACUGUCAGAAAGAGACCAAUGUUCCUGUAGCUUAGGUGUGUUUCUCACAGUAACCUCUGGUAGGCUGAUGGAAGCCUUAAUUGUCUCUUGUAAAAAAGCUUUUUGUUUGAAAACCUAGUAGCUAUAAUUGAUACUUGCUUUGACUGGGUCUUGCAUACUUGAAAACAGAUGAACAUUUUAAUGUAAUUAGGCUAUUGGUAUAACUAUGUGCUUUCAGAACUGGCUUUUUGGGUUAAACCACACCACAAAAGUGAAGCAGGACCAUACUUGCAGUGGCAUUUAUAUAUAACAAAACAAUCUACUUAAGUAGCUACCUGCUGUCACUUACAUAAAAAUAAUGGAGCUACUGGAAGCAGAGGACUUUGCACAUUUGCCAAAAGCUUGGAAAAAACCCACCAGGCUUGAAUAUUAGACUACCCUUUCAGCUGAACAUAGAAUGUUGCACAUUGUUGGAAAAUAUUGCAGUGCUAAACUCCUGGUGGCUGCUCAAAAUUCUAGUCUGCAACAGUGACUGGUAUGUGUGUAACAUUUUUGUAUUGGCUUUUGAAAUAUAAAUAAAGCCAGAGAGAAG